AUGAAAGGGCAGGACAUGCAGGGAGAAACAGGAAAAGCUCUGAGGAAAUGGGCUGCGGCUCAGCGAGAAGCACGCCGGCUAGCCAGGCUUACUUCUCCCAUCCUAGGAAUGGAGUCCGUAGCGAGGUUCCCAACAAAAUUUGUCAUCAUGGCAGCCUGCUUUUCCAGUCUGAUGGCUCCUUAUCGCGCUGCUGCACUCUGCAAUGCCUGCCAUAUGAAUGCAACCUGUACCAACUACAAUGGAUCUGAAGGCUGUUACUGCAAGGCGGGAUUCACUGGUGAUGGAAAUACUUUUUGUCAAGAUGAUGAUGAAUGCGUAAAUGCAACACAGAUCUGCGGAGAAUUUGCAAACUGUACAAAUACAGUUGGAAGUUAUUACUGCACAUGUAAACCGGGUUUUAAGUCCACUGGAAAGAUGGAUUUUGUGCCAAACGAUGGAACUCAGUGUCAAGAUAUUGAUGAGUGUGAGAUCUCCGAAUUCUGCGGACUCAACGCCAAGUGCCAGAAUACAAAGGGCUCCUUCAUCUGCUCCUGCAUGAAAGGAUUUGUAUCAUCGACAGGAGUGCAGAUAUUUCAUCCACGGGAUCACAUUAACUGUACAGAAAAUCCCAAGAAAUAUUGUCACUUGAACCAGACCUGUGUACAACUGACGAUUAACAGAACAAUCGAGCAGAUGGGAAGCAUUAAAAAUCCCCAACUUCUUCUGCAAGAGAUAACAAAUCUUACUUCAGGCGACGUGACGCCAGUUGAAAUGAUAUCGUACGUGGAGGUGCUGUCACAGUCGGCUUCAUCUUUAAGUGCCUUGAAUGAAAAGGAGCCUGACAAGGAAGCCCAGACUGACACCACCAUCAAAGCUUUUGUAAAGACAGUAAACAGCCUUGUGGAAAAAAAGGAGCUGUCUGUUUGGCAAGAAAUCGAUAAGGAAAGCAGAAAACGAAGCGCCACUAAGCUGCUGCACACCGUUGAGCAAGCGGCUCUGGGCAUCGCAAAGAAUUUCAAAAAGACAACCCAGACGGAGGUGAACGAAAGUGACAUGGCAUUAAAGAUCUAUGUUUUCAACUCCCACCAAGAGAAGCAUAUCCAACCAUGCCUUAAUGUUGGCGGAGAUUUUAUUGAGAUUUUCCCAAAAGAAAGCAAGACAUCAAAUUCUAAUGGAAAUGUUGCCAUUGUUUUUGUUCGGUACACUUCAAUGGAUUCAAUUCUCAUGCUGCCCAAUGACCCUGAAGACACCAAGGAUUUCCAUUCUGGACCACUAGAUGACUACACCAUUGGCUCACAGAUCGUGGCAGCAGCCUUUACUGCCCAUCCUGAGCAAGCGUUCAGCUUUGAUCAUGUAACCUUUAGCCUCAAACAUUCCAAGCCUUCAAGUCCAGACAGUGUAACGCAGUGUGCUUUUUGGAACUAUCUGUCCAAUCUUACAAAAGGACAUUGGUCCACAGAAGGCUGCAAGCGUACCUUUACCAAUGGGACCCAUACUGGAUGCAGAUGCACCCAUCUAACACACUUUGCGAUUCUUAUGUCAUCUGGGAGAGCUGAUAUGACAGCUCACUACAGCGUCCUCACAAGAAUCACCCAGCUGGGAAUAAUCAUCUCACUGAUCUGCCUGUCAAUGUGCAUCUUUACAUUCUGCUUCUUCAGCGAAAUCCAAAGCACGCGGAUAACAAUCCACAAAAAUCUCUGCUGCAGCCUGUUCUUGGCCGAAUUUAUCUUUCUGGUUGGAAUUAAUAUGAACACAAAUAAACUUCUCUGCUCGGUGGUAGCUGGACUGUUGCACUACUUCUUCUUGGCGGCUUUUGCCUGGAUGUGCGUGGAGGGAAUCCAUCUUUACCUAAUUGUCGUUGGAGUGAUCUAUAACAAAGGUUUCCUUCACCGAAACUUUUAUAUCUUUGGUUAUGGAAGCCCUGCUGUAGUCGUUGGAAUUUCUGCUUUCUUGGGGUACAAAUACUAUGGCACAAGCAAAGUGUGUUGGCUAAGCACAGAAAACAACUUUAUAUGGAGUUUCAUAGGACCAGCCUGCUUAAUUAUUCUGGUCAACCUAUUGGCUUUUGGUGUGAUCAUAUACAAAGUAUUUCACCACACUGCUGUGAAGAAACCUGAAGUGAGUUGCUACGAAAACAUUGUGUCCUGUGCACGUGGAGCCUUGGCUCUUUUGUUUCUGCUUGGUGCUACCUGGACGUUUGGUGUCCUGCAUGUUGUGUAUGAAUCAGAGGUGACGGCCUACUUCUUCACAAUCUUCAAUGCCUUCCAAGGGAUGUUCAUCUUCAUAUUCCUCUGUGUCCUAUCCAGAAAGAUUCAAGAUGAAUACUACAGACUCUUCAAAAAUGUGCCCUGCUGUUUUCAGUGUCUUAGAUAAACCCAAAGCUGAAUGGAACUUUCUAGGAGAGAUCUGAAGAAACACCCGGACGAUAACAGUGCCUGCGGCGGAUUAAUCGGACGUCAUUUCUUGCCUAUUUUUCAAGCCUGUUUCUUUAUAGAUAAUAUAAUGGUUUGCUUGGAAAACAUAAAAGGAACAGAGGAAGAAUUAUGCUCGAAAGAGUGGAGACUUGGAAAAUAUUAAUUUUGUCCCCAGUGAGCAGGGAAGAAUGUUGCUCUUCUUGUGCAUAGCUGGGAUUAUAUUGUACUUAUACUGAAGUCAUUCUUGUUUAUUUUUCUUUUUAAUUUAUUGAAAAUUAAAUAUGCAGUUUAAGAUAAACAGGUGUAUUGGAUUUAACUGUUUGGUAGGUUUGUUAAGCAAAUUAAAAUUUCACAGCAGUAAACCUGAUAUAGCCAUGAAGGUUUGAGCAGUAUAUGAGUAAAUAUUUUAAUUUUAGACUAGCUGAAUGUAAUUAUGACAGCCUAUUCUGAAAUCACUGGCUUUACGUUACAUGACUAAAUUAAAAAUCAGUGUAGUGUUUAUUUUUUGCUGUUCAUGUUUUUUAUUUGUGAUAUGUGUAGCUUAAUAAAAUGUCUGGAAUUAUUGUA